GGCGCUCCCCGAUUCCCGAGGCGGGACGUCACGUGAUGCGACUUCGUCCAAUCGGCACUCGGGCUGCGGGGGUCGCCGCGGUUCCCGCCAAAUACGAGCGCGGCGGGCGCGGCAGGAGCGGUGCGGGCGGGAGGGCGAGCAGCAGCUGCCGCCGGAGCGGAGCCCGCGCCUCCGCCGCCCGAGGGGAGCUCUAGCCGCCGCCGGGGCGAUGCUGGAGGAGCCGGAGUGCGGCGCGCCGUGCGCCAGGGGAGCGGCCGCAGCCAUGGAUUGCAAAGACCGACCAGUCAAGAAGUUAAUACAAGCUCGUCUGCCCUUCAAGCCCGUGACGCUUACCCCAAAGGAGAAAACCGAGGACGGGUCGGACGACACAAGAAGCUCCCCGAGCGCUCCCGCGCAAAGUCCAGGCCCCGACGUAGACGCCUCUUUGGACAGCUUGGAGAGCAACUUCCACAUGGGGUCCGACGUAGACUUUAGGCCGAAGCUUGUCAAUGGGAAGGGUCCCUUAGAUAACCUUUUAAGAAACAGAGUCAAAAGCAAUAUUGGCCAGUCCAUGGUCGUCAUUGACUUGACGGAGGAGUCGAGUGAACCACCAGACGACACCGGGGCCCACAGUAAACUAAAUUCUGCAACCUCUCCCUCUGCGAAGUCUGUAAGUGGGGUCAGAGAAGAAGCCGAAGGGGAGAGGGGGCUGCCGAAGGCCAGUCCGAAGGACAAGCCUGCAUUUCCCGAAAAGACCCUUUCAGACCUGCGCAACACAGAGGAAGAGGGCCCCAGCUCAGGGGGCGCAGGGAGGAGCGGAGACGUGCAGAAAGGCUCACCCCACAGCUGCCCCGCGCUGACAGACGGUCCAAGAACGUGCUCCGAGAAGGACCGGGACGGCUGGAGCGAAGCGGGGGGCAUCCUGUUCAGAGGGAAGGUGCCUGUGGUGGUCCUGCAGGAUAUCCUGGCUGCAGAACCUCCCGUGGCCCGGUCUCCGGCCACCGCUCCGGACCGGGGCGUGCCCUCUGAGAACGAGAUGCCGGAGUCUGGCCCCGAAGAAGACUCCGUCCUCAGCCAUUCAUCCCUGAGCUCUUCCUCUCCCACCAGCUCCCCUGAGGCCCGAUCUGCUUCCGAUAAACAGCACAGCAGCCCCAGUCCCUUCCCCCCCUGCACGCCUGUCCGCAGAGUAACUAAGAAACUGGUCAAAGAUUCUGCCGAGAAGAACAAGAUGAGACUGCAAAGAGAUAAGGAGCGUUUGGGCAAGCAGCUGAAGUUACGGGCCGAAAAAGAAGAAAAGGAGAAGCUGAAGGAGGAGGCCAAGCGGGCCAAGGAGGAAGCCAGAAAGAGGAGGGAGGAAGAGAAGGAGCUGAAGGAGAAGGAGAGGCGGGAGAAGAGGGAGAAGGACGAGAAGGAGAAGGCGGAGAAGCAGCGGCGCAAGGAGGAGCGGCGCAAGGAGCGGCAGGAGGCCCUGGAGGCCAAGCUGGAGGAGAAGAGGAAGAAGGAAGAGGAGAAACGGUUGCGAGAAGAAGAAAAGCGCAUUAAAGCGGAGAAGGCCGAAAUCACGAGGUUCUUCCAGAAACCAAAGACUCCGCAGGCCCCCAAGACCCUGGCCGGCUCCUGCGGGAAGUUCGCCCCUUUUGAAAUUAAAGAGAACAUGGUCCUCGCCCCUCGCUGUCGGACUGCCUUUGACCAAGAGCUCCUGCAUCAGUUAGACCAGCUCCUGCUGCAGCAGAAGGGCGACGUCUCCUUCCUGAAAGAUCUGAAGGGCCGGCGGCCCCUCCGGUCCGGACCCACUGUGGUUUCUAACCGCGGUGCGGACAUUUUUAACAGUGACGUGGUGAUUGUGGAGAGCAGCAAGGUAGACGGCGUUCCCGAAAGGAAGAAGUUCGGCAGGAUGAAGCUCCUGCAGUUCUCAGAGAAUCACCGACCGGCAUACUGGGGAACGUGGAACAAGAAGACGACGGUCAUCCACCCGAAGGACCCCUGGGCCCAGGACAGGAAGCUCCUGGACUAUGAGGUGGACAGUGAUGACGAAUGGGAAGAGGAGGAGCCUGGAGAGUCUCUCUCCCACAGCGAAGGGGAUGAUGAUGAUGAAGUAGGAGACGAUGAAGACGAGGAUGAUGGUUUUUUCGUGCCCCAUGGGUACUUGUCCGAGGAUGAGGGAGUCACCGAGGAGUGUGCCGACCCCGAGAACCACAAGGUUCGCCAGAAGCUCAAGGCCAAGGAAUGGGACGAGUUUCUAGCCAAGGGGAAGAGGUUCCGUGUGCUGCAGCCCAUGAAGAUUGGCUGCGUCUGGGCAGCGGACAGGGAUGGUGGCGCCGACCUGAAGGUGCUGCAGCAGUUCACGGCAUGCCUCCUGGAGACGGUGCCCUCCGAGGAGGAGCAGACGCCCAAGGCCUCCAGGAGAGAGAAGAGGGACCAGCACAUCUUGGCCCAGCUGCUCCCGCUGCUGCACGGAAACGUGAAUGGGAGCAAAGUGAUCAUCCGGGAGUUCCAGGAGUGCUGCCGCCAAGGGCUGCUCAGCAAGGACACUGGCAGUCCGGAGAGCAGCGCCGCCAGCCCCCCCAGCCCUGGCUCUUCCCGCCCUCAGACGCCCACCACCGGCGAGGACACUGCCAUCCCCUCCAAGGCCAGGCUCAAGCGAAUCAUUUCUGAGAACUCAGUGUACGAGAAGAGGCCUGACUUCCGGAUGUGCUGGUACGUCCACCCCCAUGUGCUGAAGAGCUUCGACCAGGAGCACCUGCCUGUGCCAUGCCAGUGGAGUUAUGUCACCAUGGUGCCCUCGGCCACCAGGGAGGACAGUGGCAGCGUCCCUGCCGCAGGGUCCAGCCAGGGGACGCCCACCUCGCUGAAGAGGAAGUCGGCGGGCAGCAUGUGCAUCACUCAGUUCAUGAAGAAGCGCAGGCACGAUGGGCAGGUAGGAGCUGGGGACCUGGAUGGCUUCCAGGCAGACACGGAGGAAGAGGAGGAAGAGGAUGGUGACUGUGUGAUGAUGGACAUCUCGGGUGUUGCGGAGGUCCAGGACCCGUGCGAAACCACUGCCGGAGCUGGGGGGCCGGUGGGAAUGGACACCAGUGAGAGCCCCACGCCCUCCAGCUCGCUCAGCCCCUCCUGAGCGCCCCGACUGGCUGGUGUACGUAGAAUGGUUAGGGUUUUCUCAGAUCCCUCAGAUACUUGAACGUCCUUUGAUUCCUGUGUAAAGAGCACUUUGUCCUGCUUUGCAUUCCCCCCAGAGGGUCGGAAAGUAUAUAGGAUGCUUGAUUCAUUCAUUUUGAUAUUUGUAAAAAUUUCCCCCCCAAAGCUGCAUAUUAAUCUGCCCUGUAAUAAAGCAUUACCGCGGCGUGCUGGCCUGCACGGGGCAGGGCGUGCCCUGCAGACCCCGAGCGGGCGCUGUGAAGAAAUGCUGUGAAUGAAUUGGAGCCCCGUGCUGUGGCGUGGGGCCAGGACCUGAUAUGGAUGUGUAUAAACUUAUCGCCUGCUCCUCA